AUGGAGGAUCCGCUCUUCUUCACGGUGACUUCCAGCGAGGAUCCUGAGAGCCCGCUCCAUUUUCAGCUGGGCAAGGCAGAUGACCCGCUGAAGGUCGGGAGGAACAAAAAGAGCGGGAUCGUGGUGAACCAGCCAGGGGUCUCGUGGGUUCACCUGGAGAUCAAACUAUCGCCGGGUGCAGAUGGCCUGUGCCUGCGGGACGUCUCCACGAAUGGUGUGGGGUUGCGCCGGAGGGGGGCCGCCCUGCAGAAGGUUGAGAAGGAAGUGGACACGGAUCUCCCUUCGGGCACCGUGGUCGUCCUUCCGUUCCGAGUGCGGCCUGCGCCUGGUCAGACAGAAGCGUCUUCGCAGACCUCUUUGACGUUCAGCAUCGAUGGGGAAGACUCGCUCUCACCCUCGAGCGAACUCACUGAGUCGGAGGAUCCCGAUGCGGUCGCGGCCGGUGAUGCGGAGCUGAACCUCCAGGACGAGAACGGGAAGGGCCUCAAGGCAAGGGGCAAGCGAAAGAAAGACAAGGACAAGCACACGAAGGACAAAAAAAGGAAAACGAGCCAUGAGUUUUCGCCAGGACAGUUUGUCCGCGUGGUCGGUUUAAAGGCCAAGGGCGAGCUGAAUGGCAAAGUGGGCCUAUUGGUGGAGUGGGACAAGGCAAAAAGCUACUGGAAAGUCCGGAUGGAAGAUGGUUCUGGCAAGGCUUUUCGUUCAGCUAACCUGGAGCCCCACGUGGUGCCGCCACCCGCCCCUGCAGCGGGCUCGAAAGCGGCAAGCACGGUGCCACCACCGCCUCCAGACGAGCCUGCUCCAAAGGAGCAAAGCCAGGUGCCACCCCCGCCGCCUGCAGCGGAGGAGGAAGCGGCCAAGGUUCUGCCGUUGCCACCUCCGCCUGCGGCGCAUGUCAAGAAAGCAGCGCGUCCGCCCGCAUCUUUACCGGGACUACCGACUGCGCUUCCUGCCACCCCUCUGUCACUGGCCAUGCCGCUGUCGGCCUUGUCCAUGACGGUGCCCACAAUGAUGCCAUUGCCGGGGCUGCCGAUGGGAAUGCCCGUGAUGCCUCAGGGGCUCCCUUUGAUAGGAAUGCCUCCCGCCAUGCCGACGGUGGUGCCUAUGUCUAUGCCGCGGCCUGUCCUGCCCAAGAGGUGA